AUGGUAUUUGCCAUUGAGGAAAUCAACAACAGAACUGAUGUUCUUCCUGGGGUCAAACUGGGUUAUAAAAUCUAUGAUUCAUGUGGAUCUCAUGCAAUGGCCACAAGAGCCUCAUUAUCCUUGGCUAAUGGAAAUGGAGAAAUUACAUCUGGAAUGUCUUGUUCCAAGUCCAAUACAGUUCAAGCAAUCAUAAGACAAACAUCAUCUAGCUCCACUAUUGCCAUUUCUGCAACUGUGGGACCUUUAAACAUACCUGUGAUUAGUCACUUUGCAACAUGUGCAUGCUUAAGUGACAGGAAGAAAUACCCAUCUUUCUUCAGAACAGUUCCCAGUGAUUACUACCAGAGCAGAGCUUUGGCUCAGUUAGUCAGGCAUUUUGGCUGGACAUGGGUAGGGGCCAUAUGCAGUGAUAGUGACUAUGGGAACAAUGGCAUAAAUGAAUUCAUCAUUGCAGCCAAAGAAGAGGGAAUCUGUGUUGAAUAUUCUAAGGCAUUCUACAGGACAGACCCCAGAGAAAAAAUUCUGAAAGUAGUUGAGAUUAUCAAGGCUUCAACCUCCAAAGUUAUUGUCGCUUUUGUCUCAUAUUCUGACCUUGGGUUUCUUCUAAAGGAAAUGGCCUUACAGAACUUGACUGGGUUUCAGUGGAUUGGAAGUGAGUCCUGGAUUUCUGAUAUAAACCCAGCAAUUGUUCAAUGGCAGCAUCUUCUGAUAGGAUCCAUGGGUUUUGCUAUCCCGAAAGCUCAAAUAAAUGGCCUAGGGGGAUUUGUAAAAAAACUUAAUCCAGGUUUUGAUGUAGCUAUUUACAAAGAGUUGUGGGAGACAAUAUUUGAUUGUAAAUUUCCCACACAAGACAAUGUACAAUUGAAACAACUGUGCAAGGGCAAUGAAAGUCUCAGUCAAGUUCAAAACCAUUAUACAGAUGUUUCUGAAUUACGAAUUGCAAAUAAUGUUUACAAGGCUGUUUAUGCUGUAGCUUAUGCCCUACAUGAGAUAUAUAACUGUUCAACGUUGGAGAGUGGACAACAAAGUCCUGCUGUUGUAAAUGAGUUGAAGAAACUCCACUUCACCUCUACAACUGGAGAGGAUGUAUACUUUGAUGAAAAUGGAGACCCAGCAGCAAGGUAUGAACUGCUGAACUGGCAACAAGACAAAGAUGGUAAAAUGGUCUUUGUUAAAGUGGGCUUCUAUGAUGGCUCUUUGCAAACACACCUUCAGCUGUCAUUUAACAACAUCAGUAUAACCUGGGCCCACAACAAAGCACAGGUGCCAGUCUCUGUGUGUAGUCCGAGUUGUCCCCCAGGCAUCAGGAAGGCUGUGCAGAAAGGAAGGCCAAUCUGCUGCUUUGACUGUAUAUCAUGUGCAGAGGGAGAAAUCAGUAAUAUAACAGAUUCUAUAACUUGCAUCAGGUGCCCUCCUGAACUGUGGUCUAAUGAAAAGAAAGAUACCUGUGUCUUAAAACUGGUGGAAUUCCUGUCAUUUGAGGACAUAAUGGGGAUCAUUCUUUCUAAGCCUUCGUGA